CUCUCCUCUCAGUCUCUGUGAAUACUGCCUCAUCCACCUCCUGCUGAAGAAAAACCCAGAAAUGUUCAGCCAGCACUUCAUCGAAUGCAUCUUCCACUUCAACUCUUACAACAAACAUAAAUCCUACAACAGGUUCCGUCAGAGUGAGAGAGAACGAGCUCUGUUUUCCUUAAAAGGAGCUCAGCACCGUGAGAAGCGUUUUCGGAUCUACCGCUUCCUGUUGGAGCACUUCACAGACGCUCAACGAUUCAAUGUCACCAACAAGAUCAACCAGACUGUGUUGGCAUGCUUUGCAGACGAGGAGCUUCCUCUGGAUGCUGAUGGUGCUGAAAUCUUGUCAGAAACUUUCAGUGUUUUGAGUUUGAAGGAGAUGAAGCUGCAGGCCAUAUCUUCAUCCCAAGGAGGUGCUGCAGCUGAAGAACCUGAGGAGGAGAACAUGGCUGCCAUAGCCAAAGCUGUCCUACAGGUUGCACAAAAGAAGGUGGUGUCACAAGUCCAGAAGAGGGCCUUCAUCGAGAACACGGUUCCUCUCAUCAUCGGCUUGAAGAGUCUGCUUGAGCAGAAACGUUCUCCUGUUGUCAGAGACCUGAUGGCCUACCUCCAGGUCACCAUGCAGGACUACCGCAGCGAGGUAAAAGAGUUCUUCUCUGGAGACGAGCAGCUGGCCGCUGAGGUGGAGUUUGCUCUGCAAGCUGCCGAGAAGGAUCGAGAGAUGGAGGAGCUGAUGGAAGGCUGCAGCCUGGCAGCAGGCACCAAGAACCAGUCUGCUCAGGCUUCAGUCCAGGUCUUACCCGCUCAACCGAAGCGUCUCCUCCCUGUUGUGUUUGCGACCCCACAGCCGACACGGCCAAAGUUUCAGCCAACUCAACUGGCUCACACUGACAGGAGGGUGCAGACUGCACUACGACAGGAGGAGCCAUCCAGAUCAAUGACGUUGGAGGGAACAGUGAUGUUUAAAGGAUUGGCAAAGAACAGAGCCAUCAGCACACCCAAAGGUAUCGGCAUCAACCUGACCUUUGAAGGAGGAGUCAGCGCCAUCUUGAGUGAGCAGUCAGGUCUGAGUGAGGAGAGCAGCGUUCUUCAUGUUUGCCCUGAGGAGCAGCAAGCUCCUGGACUCCGGCAGUGGAAUGUUCAGUCUCCACUCCGUCAGAAGAAGAAACCAGCGAGAGCCUAGGUGCACAGCUCUGUGGUUUUGGGGGGGUUUUGUUGUUGUUUCUCUAAUUACAAACUGUUUUAUGUCCAAACGUUGCCUGUGUGUGAAUAUUCUUUCCUGCAUACUUUUAAUGUUUCUGUCAGACAGCUGUGGUAAAAGUGGUCCUUAUAUUUAACUUUCAAUAAAAACCAAAUUAUAAACUCUUAAGCCACUUUUAUUUUUUAAAUCCAUUACUUCCACUCAGGGUCUCUCUUGGAGAAUUGAGUUUCUUUUUUCUUUUUUGGGGGGGGUUUGCCCAACAAUGCACCAUAAAUAAAGAAUUUAACCACUUUUAAAAUGUACAUGUGAUCAUUUUGGGGUACUGCUUUUGUUCCAAGAGCUUUUCCAUUUGUCCUGGACUUUGGAACAAGUGUCAAAAUAUCUUUAAAUUUAUUUCACCACGGUCCAACCGUGAGCCUUAAUCUUUCUAAACAAGAGAUCAUUUAAAGGUAGGUGUGGUUCACACUGAUGUUUCAAACUGAAUUUCAAGAUUCAAGAUUUCUUUGUCAUUUCACCUUCAGAGGUAGAAAUUGGAGUGAAAUUUCAUCUCCACUCACUACGUAAAAACAGAGUUUAAAA